AUGAUCUAUACCAUAAUUCCAUCAAGGACCCCAACUGGAUUAGACCGAUUUAUGAAUCGAUUUAGAAAGAAAGGGUUUUGGAUAUAUACCGGAAUAAUACUCGGUUCUGUAGGAUAUAUCCUAUAUGAAAUAUCUCGAUUACCCGAAAUCCCGGCCGAGAGGACAGGUAGAUCCAAAAAGAAGCUGACAGACACCGCCACCGUGGAGGUUACGGAAGAAGUGUGGACGAAGCUGGAUUGUGAUAAGCAAAUCCCCAGAUCAUCACAACUGGGGGCAGCCAAAAUUGAUCAAGAUCAUGAUGAUAAUAAUACCGUGAAGAAUGACUUACCUUUCCAACUUCUUUUCUUACCUUUUCAACUUCUUCUUCUUCUUCUCCUCGAGGAGAAAGAACCCCAUCCAACUGAUGCAUGGACCAAACGACAAUUGUAUGAGUUUUUAUUUAAUGAAAAGAUAUAUCCUGAUAUUCAUGAAGAUAUUUGUAUAAUCAAGCGGCAAGUGAGAGGGAUUUAUGAUUUUAAAGUAUCCAGAAGAGAACUUUAA